UCGGUGCUGAAAGGAGGAACUCUCCUUGAUGCUGAAGCCCAGCUUUCCUUAGUGCUGGGAGGGCGCCCUCCUUGGUGCUGAAGCCCAGUUUUCCUGGUGCUGGAAGGGAGCUCUCCUUGGUGCUGAAGCCUCUUUUCACCUCCAUCCCUUGGCUCUCCCUCCAUGGAUGAGAUGGAGGAGGAACUCAAAUGCCCCGUGUGUGGCUCCUUCUACCGGGAGCCCCUCAUCCUGCCUUGCUCCCACAACCUAUGCCAAGCCUGUGCCCGCAACAUCCUGGUCCAGACCCCCGAGGCUGACUCCCCCCAGAGCCGCCGCCGCCGCACCUCCGGUUCCGCUUCCACUGCCUCCGGCGACUAUGACUACUUGGACCUGGAUAAGAUGAGCCUCUACAGUGAGGCUGACAGCGGGUAUGGCUCCUAUGGCGGGUUUGCUUCGGCGCCCACCACCCCCUGCCAGAAGUCACCCAACGGGGUCCGUGUCUUCCCACCCACCCUGCCACCGCAGCCGGGGGCUCCCUCAGCCGCCUCAGCUUCCUCUGCUUCUUCAUCGCACCUCCAGCCUCCAGGGUCUUCCGUGGCAUCCUCUGCGUUGGCGCCGGUGCCGCGCAAUUCCUGCUUGACCUGCCCGCAGUGCCACCGCAGCCUCAUCCUGGAUGAGCGGGGCCUACGCGGCUUCCCCAAGAACCGGGUCCUGGAAGGGGUGAUCGACCGGUACCAGCAGAGCAAGGCGGCCGCCCUCCGGUGCCAGCUCUGUGAGAAGGCACCCAAGGAGGCUACUGUUAUGUGCGAGCAAUGUGAUGUCUUCUACUGCGACCCGUGCCGGCUCCGGUGCCACCCGCCCCGGGGACCAUUGGCUAAGCAUCGCCUGGUGCCCCCGGCCCAAGGUAGGGUCAGCCGGCGCCUCAGCCCUCGAAAGAUCUCCACCUGCACUGACCAUGAGCUGGAGAACCACAGCAUGUACUGUGUCCAGUGCAAGAUGCCCGUCUGCUACCAGUGCCUGGAGGAAGGCAAGCACAACAGCCAUGAAGUCAAGGCACUGGGGGCCAUGUGGAAGCUGCACAAGAGCCAGCUGUCACAGGCGCUGAACGGCCUCUCAGACAGAGCAAAAGAAGCCAAAGAAUUCCUGGUGCAGCUACGGAACAUGGUGCAGCAAAUCCAGGAGAACAGUGUGGAGUUCGAAGCCUGCCUGGUUGCCCAGUGUGAUGCAUUGAUCGAUGCUCUCAACAGGAGGAAAGCCCAGCUGUUAUCCCGGGUCAACAAGGAACAUGAGCAUAAGCUGAAGGUGGUGCGAGACCAGAUUUCUCACUGCACCGUGAAGCUGCGCCAGACCACUGGCCUCAUGGAGUACUGUCUGGAAGUCAUCAAGGAGAACGACCCCAGUGGAUUCUUGCAGAUUUCUGAUGCACUGAUCCGAAGGGUUCACCUGACAGAGGACCAGUGGGGCAAAGGGACGCUCUCCCCAAGGAUGACCACAGACUUUGACCUGAACCUGGACAAUGCCCCCCUGCUGCAGUCCAUCCACCAGCUUGACUUUGUGCAGAUGAAAACUUCCUCCCCAGUACCGGCGGCUCCGAACCUUCAGCUGGAAGAAAGCUGCACCCACAACAACAGCGCCACCUUGUCAUGGAAGCAGCCGCCUCUGUCCACGGUGCAGGUGGAAGGAUACAUUCUGGAGCUGGAUGAUGGGAAUGGUGGUCAGUUCAGGGAAGUGUAUGUUGGAAAGGAAACCAUGUGCACUGUGGACGGCCUCCACUUCAACAGCACUUACAGCGCACGGGUCAAGGCCUUCAACAAAAGCGGGGUCAGCCCCUACAGCAAGACACUGGUCCUGCAGACCUCUGAAGACUCCGAACCCGAGGAGCAGGCCCUGACUUUCCCCGUGGGUUUGGAAAGGCUGCAGCUGCGUAGAUCCAACCCUUUCUCUUCUACCCUUAACCUGCAAAACAGCUUUCCGGGGAGAUCCUACUUUGAGCUCAGAAACUCGUCCCACCACCAAAUGAGCUUGCAUUCCUCUUUACAGUCUCUGAAUUCGGCUGGUUAUGAGACUCAGUCGGGACCUUUCUCCCAAUUAGUUGAUAUUAAAAAACUGGUUGCAGUGGCCUGGUUCUCCUUCGACCCCAGCACAGCCCAUUCCGACAUCAUCUUCUCCAAUGACAACCUGACCAUCACCUGCAACAGCUACGAUGACCGGGUUGUGUUGGGCAAAACCGGCUUCUCCAAAGGGCUCCACUACUGGGAACUUUCCAUCGAUCGCUACGACAACCACCCGGACCCAGCCUUUGGCGUGGCCCGUUUGGAUGUCCUCAAGGACGUCAUGUUGGGGAAAGACGACAAGGCCUGGGCCAUGUAUGUGGACAAUAACCGGAGCUGGUUUAUGCACAACAACUCACACACCAACAGGACCGAAGGCGGCAUCACCAAAGGGGCAACAGUUGGCAUCCUGCUUGAUCUGAACAGGAGGACUGUGACCUUCUCCAUCAAUGAAGAUCAGCAGGGGCCGGUGGCCUUUGAGAACCUGGAAGGCAUCUUCUUUCCUGCCGUCAGCCUGAACAGAAAUGUACAAGUGACACUCCACACCGGCCUCCCAGUCCCGGACUUCUACAAUGCCCGGGGCUCCAUGCAGUAAGGCGCUAUUGCGUACCCGGUGGCUUUUUCUCAGGACACACCGAGAGAGCUGCAUUCUGUUUUCUUCAG